UCUCUCUACGCAAAUUUGGGACAGAGAAACUUAAAGUCUUCUUAAGGUUUCUUUUGUUCUGUUCUUGUUCUUUGGCAAAAAAUGCAGAAACACAAAUGCAAGCUAUGUUCCAAGAGUUUCUGUAAUGGCAGGGCACUUGGUGGUCACAUGAAGUCUCACUUGGUCUCAUCACACCCAUCAACUCGGAAAAGACUCGGUGACUCGGUCUAUUCCUCUUCGUCUUCCUCAGACGCUAAAUCUCUGGUCUACGGGCUACGAGAGAACCCGAGGAAGAGCUUCCGGGUUUUCAAUCCGGAUCCUGAGUCAUCCACCGUCUACGACAGCGAGACCGAGACGGAACCCGAGUCCGUAGACCCGGUUAUGAAACGGGGCAGAGCAGAGGUUUCCAAGAAGAAGGAGAAGAAGAAGAAGAAAAGGAGCAAGAGAGUGUUUGAGAACUCGUCCGAGUCGGGGAAGAAGCAGAAAACGAUUCAUCUUAACUCGAACGAGUCACCAGAACCGGCGAGUUCUGUCUCGGACGGUUCUCCGGAACAGGAUUUAGCCGUCUGUUUGAUGAUGCUCUCGAGAGACUCAAGGGUUCUUGAGAUUGAAGUGAAAAAACCGGUUUUUGCAGCUGAAGUAGUAGAAGAGACGAAGCCGGAAAAAAGACACUUCCCGGAGCUCCGUCGCUGUGUGAUAGAUCUGAAUCUUCCUCCGCCGCAAGACGGCGAUGUUGUCACCGUCGUUUCAGCCAUAUAAAAACAGUUGAGGUUUUUUCAGAGAUUAGAUAACAUCAAAUAUCACAAAGCAUCUUUGUUGAUUUGGUUUUCUUCAAGAUCAUUAUUCUUUAAUUUAGAAAACCGUUGAUUGGUUUGGAAUCUUCGGAAUGGUAUUAUCAGAACAAUGUACUUUUGAUGUAAGACAACGAAAAACCAAGAAAAGAAGAAGCUCUGUUUCCAGAAUUCUUCUUCGAAUUUUUAUGGG